GGUGCUGGUAGGUUAUUCUGGAAAGGCAAAGACCGUAAAAGUCUGUGGAUGGCGUUGAGUGAGAGAGCGGUGCAAAAGCUCGACUUCUCAAGCUGUGGCGAGGAUGGGAGCAGCGACAGUAGUUCAGAUGACUGGUUCCCACGAGCUCCUCAGAUCCUGAGUCCUCGUGACCCAUGUCGGACUCCCAAGGCGACACGUCAUCGAAGGGGCAUCGCUACCUCUCCGUCCAUCUCCACCACCCCCACCACCCCCAUACCAUACGCCGCAUGGAGGAAACUUAGGCUGUGUGACUCUCCCAGCACUCCUAAGAGCCUGCUGACCAAGAGCGUCCUUCCUUACUCCAGCACCAAGGCCUGCCGCGGCCAGAGAGCGCUCCAUUUUGCCUCUUGGACUGACCCCGCCCGUAUCCCAUCGGUUAACGUGAACCCAUUCACCCCUGACACGGUCUCCAAGAACAGCUGUAACAACAAGAGGAAGAACCGACUGAAUGACGAAGAGGAGGAUGACUACAACUACAGGCACAGAAUAAAGAACAGCCUGGCGUCAUCUGAAGAGGAUGACGACGCAUUUCUACCGCCAAAGAGACGGGCCGUGGAGGCCUUCAUGCUGUCAAGAUAUGAGAGCGAAUUCCUGGAGUUGGGGCGUAUCGGCGCGGGGGAGUUUGGAACGGUGUUUAAAUGCGUGAAGAGGCUGGAUGGAUGCUUGUACGCAAUCAAGCGAUCUCGCCAGCCGCUAGCGGGCUCGGCCAGCGAACAGCUGGCUCUGAAGGAGGUGUAUGCCCACGCUGUUCUCGGACACCACCCGCACGUCGUCCGUUACUAUUCCGCCUGGGCGGAGGACGAUCACAUGAUCAUACAGAACGAGUACUGUGAUGGUGGGAGUCUCCAUGACGUGAUCGUGCAGAAGGAGGUCCAGGGAGAGACAUUCACAGAGCCUGAGCUGAGGGACCUGCUCCUCCAGGUGUCCAUGGGUCUCAAGUACAUCCACAGCACUGGUCUGGUGCACAUGGACAUCAAACCCAGUAACAUCUUCAUCUGCCAGCCGCCCAGCUCCAGUGCAGGGGGAGAGACCGAGAGUGAGGAUGAGGAGGGGGAGGAUGAAGGCAUACCAACUGGGGUAGUCUAUAAAAUUGGUGACCUGGGUCAUGUGACCUCCAUCAGCAGUUUGCAGGUGGAGGAGGGAGACAGUCGCUUCAUGGCUAGUGAGGUUCUUCAUGAGGACUACAGCCACCUCCCAAAGGCAGACAUCUUUUCCCUGGGCCUCACGGUGCUGCUUGCUGCAGGUGCUCCUCCGCUGCCUCAGAACGGAGAGCAGUGGCACCACCUGAGGCAGGCCGAGCUGCCCUGCCUCACCCAGGAGCUGUCGGAGGCCUUCAGAGGCCUGGUUCAGGCGCUGCUGGACCCGGAGCCUUCCAAGCGGCCGUCUGCCUCGGCGCUGUGUCGCCACCCCGUCCUAAGGAAGGAGCGGGCGGACAAGCUGACCGCACAGCUCCGCCUGGAGCUCAACGAGGAGAAGUUCAGGACGGCCAUGUUGGAAAGAGCGCUCCAGGAGGCUCGUUUGUCAGCCUUGUCCCCGAAGACGGCCCUUCCGUCUGGGCUAGAGCAGCUGGGGAAGGCCGGGUCCCUACCAAGAUCUGGACGGAGGCUGGUUGGGAGAACUGCUUCACGAUCCAUCAGCUUUGGAUGCCCCAGCAAUGGAGUUUGAGUGGGGAUCAUCGCAUGCUAGUUCCCAAGAAAGGAAGCAGACCUCCAAAGAUAACUGACUUGAGGUCAAAGGUCGUAGACAUGGUGUUAUUUUGGCAUAUACGAAGACGAUGAAAUGCACAAGUUCAUGGUCUACUUUAUCUGAAAAGUGAUUCAUUGUGGAGCACUUCUGAGUCUUGAAAGAUGGUUAUUAGUAUCA